AUGGCCGACGAUCUUGAUUCCUCCGAUAGUAUGCUUCUGGAUGAGAUUAUCGACUAUAGUGACUCUCCCAUCAUUUCGAAUGGUGAGCUUAACUUUGUCGCUAGCGAUAAUGCUCUCGGCAUUAAUCCUGCCGUGUUUGCCAUCUCACCGGCGCCAGUCGAUCCAGCAUAUGUUAGCCUUCUUGGUGUCGAUUUCUCCGCUUCCGCUGGAACAACCGACUCCUCCGCUUCCGCUGGAGCUGCACCGACCGCCCACGGCACUGACGAGGUUGACACCUCCUCCAUCGCCGCAGCUCUUGCCAAUAUCGGCAUCGAUGUUGUCGAUCCCUCCCAGCCUACUGCUCCCUCCGGCAAUAAUGCCCCUACCGUCAUACACGACCCUCUCGCUCUAGAUGAAUCUUUUAUCCCUCGCGACGACUACAUCACGCUGGGGUAUUUUAUUUUCUUCAAGAAAUCUACUGUUAGUUUCCAUCUCCGGCUCAUCGAGGACGACGGAUCAAUUCACGUCGAGACCAUUCCACACGACAAUCUUAAUCGUGUUCUUAAUUUCGACGACAAACUCCGACGUCAUGCCGUUCCUGAUGAUGUCCAGGCACCCGACGAUUACUCAUCCUUUGCGGCCACGACGUUUAACCUUCUCGUCCCACGUGCUAAGGCUGCGUUCUCGGCCUUCGCUAGGACCGAUAACGAUACGAAGUACACUAUCAAUGGGCCAUCCCCUCGUCCGAUUCUUUUCACAUCGGACGUAUGCCUGGUCUUCAAGAGUAAGCGGCGGAUUAGCAAACAUAGCAGUCGACCGCCUGCUCAGGCCGGGCCUUCUCGCCGGCCUACCGAGGAUCGCUCCUCUCGCCGAUAG